UUGGUCCAUUUACGAAGGCGAAGAAGGCAAGGCAAGUUGGGCAAAGCAGAAGUGGUCCAAAUUAGUACCUUUUGUCCUUCUGUUGUCCUUUGUGGCCUGCUGCCAUCCAUCGAGAUAGAAUUGAUUUAGAUCCGGAAAGAUAUAUACAUUUGAUACAGUUUUGGAGGAAUGAUGCAUUCAAAUACUGAGGAUUCAGAAUACCAGGAGUUCGUGGAAGUUGAUCCGACUGGUAGAUAUGGAAGGUAUAAUGAGAUCCUUGGCAAGGGUUCAUCAAAAACAGUAUAUAGGGCUUUUGAUGAGUAUGAGGGGAUUGAGGUCGCAUGGAACCAGGUGAAGCUAAAUGACUUUCUUCAAAGCCCGGAGGAUUUGGAGAGGCUAUAUUGUGAGAUCCACCUCCUCAAAACCCUAAAGCACAAGAAUAUAAUGAAAUUCUAUUCUUCCUGGGUCGAUAUCUCCAAGAGGAAGAUCAAUUUUGUCACUGAGAUGUUUACUUCUGGCACUCUGAGGCAGUAUCGGCAAAAACAUCGGAGGGUUAAUAUCAGAGCAGUGAAGCAUUGGUGCAGGCAAAUCUUAAGCGGCCUGCUCUACCUCCACAGCCAUGACCCUCCCAUCAUUCAUAGAGACCUCAAGUGUGACAAUAUUUUUGUUAAUGGAAACCAAGGAGAGGUUAAGAUUGGUGAUCUUGGUCUUGCAGCCAUUCUCCGGAAACCACAAGCUGACCAUUGUGUUGGCACUCCAGAAUUCAUGGCCCCAGAGGUAUAUGAGGAGGCAUACAAUGAAUUGGUUGACAUUUACUCUUUUGGAAUGUGUGUUUUGGAAAUGGUCACCUUUGAAUACCCUUAUAGUGAAUGUACUCAUCCUGCACAAAUCUACAAAAAGGUUAUAUCUGGUAAAAAGCCAAAAGCUUUAGAUAAAGUUAAGGAUUUUGAAGUGAAACAGUUUGUGGAGAAAUGCCUGGCAAAGGUGUCAAAGAGACUCUCUGCAAGAGAGCUUCUGAAUGAUCCCUUCCUCCAAAUUGAUGAGCGUGGCCUUGCUUAUAGGGAAGGAGACUUGGCUGCAGUGGGUCAGGUUCUUAAGCAACCUUAUUAUAGUCCUCUUGACAGUGAAUGCUCUUUGAUAACUAGUAGUUUGAUGUCGGAUGAUCUACACUAUGAUAUAUUGAUGGAGAAUGGCUGGGAUUGGGACGCUACAGAAAUUGAAAAAAGCAGGCUAAAUCUUUUCAGUCCGGGGAACGAGCCUCAUGCUAAUUCAGAAAUCAUGAUCAAGGGGAAAAGGAGUGACGAUGGAAGCAUUUUUCUAAGGCUUAGAAUUUUCGAUAGAGAUGGCCAUGUGCGGAAUAUCUACUUUCCUUUUGAAGUUGAAAAUGACACUGCAUUAGGUGUUGCGGCGGAGAUGGUUGCAGAGCUUGGCAUAACUGAUCAUGAUGUUGCACAAAUUGCGGAGAUGAUAAAUGGUGAAGUUUCUUCCUUGGUGCCAAAUUGGAAGACUGGCGCUGAUAUAGCAGAGAUACCUGGCAAUGUAUUUUCUUCUUUUUCUAGUAAUCAUGAGUCUGAUGUUUCAUCAGAUUGUUCCAUGUUAAACUAUCUUUCAAUUAACGAUCGAAGCUGUGGAAACCUUGAUGCUAAUUCCUGCACCUACCUUGACUGUGCCAAUCAUGGCCGAUUUGAAGAGAUAACAUACCAUGUCAUUGAAUCAAAGUGUGAUGAAGUGGAAGCUCCAUCUAUCUUCUCCAGCCAAUCUGAUGCUCCCCAUUCAACGAACUUUGAUGAAAGGAACAUAACCAUCGAUCAGUCUGCCAAAGAAGAAAGGCCGAAAUCCGAAAAUUGCCCACUUGAAAUGCCUGAGGAUCUGGAUGAGAUUCCAGUAAAGUCUUUUCAUUUGGGAAGAAACUUCUCAUAUCACAUCCCUUCUAAUGACAGUUCUCCCCCCAACGAAACAAACAAAGGAAACAAAGGCAAAGGUUUUCAGUGGACUGGCCACCCUUGUCAGGUCAAACCUAAGAAUGCAAAAGAGAGUAUUUUUGAGAAAGAUGUUUAUAUUCAGGACUUCAUUACCCAAGCAAUGUCCACUGUGCCAAGCCAUCUCAAAUGGAUGCUAUAAAUGUAAGGAUUUCUGGGGGAGUUUAUGUUAUGUUUCAUGUUGUAUAUAUACCAUGGCAUGUUACUCCCUGAUUAUGAGGUGUUGAUUCUCUCUUAGACUAAUGACUAAGAGAAUAUUUUUCUUGUUUAUUUUUAGUACAGAAAAACUGGUUCACGAUACAUUUCUCUAUUACUGUUUGGUUUCCAAAUGCAUGUAUAAAGAGGAUAUUUGAGCACAUCUGGAAAGAGUUCUGCUAAUGACACCAGCUAUUUGUUCUCUUAUCUUCUGUUGCAGAUUUGCUAAACUGUGGACAACCAAACUUCU